GACUUUGACAAUCCUACGGGCCGCAGUCAAUGACACGAUGACUCCGUCUCCGUCUCUUCCAAAACUGCUGUCGCCUAAACCCGCAGCUCUCUGAAAGCCCGAACAGCUCUAAGCCACUCUGCCUCAGCUUGUGCCUGCGCAUUUCCAUGGCCGCUUCAAGGGAUUCUGUACCAUCUCAAUAUGGGAACGGUGGACUGAUCGAGACUAUCGGCCCUAAAUAUGCAGAGAUUGUUGUAAUUCGCCACGGCGAGACGGAAUGGAAUGCUGAUCGCAGAAUCCAGGGGCAGCUGGAUGUGAACUUAAGUGAUAUUGGGAGGCAGCAAGCGUUUGCGGUGGCUGACCGUCUUUCAAGGGAGCCUAAGAUCUCCGCAGUCUAUUCAUCUGAUUUAAAACGAGCAUUCGACACUGCCGAGAUAAUAGCAAAGAGCUGUAGGGUGCUUGAGGUUAUUAAAGAUCUUGACUUGCGGGAAAGACAUUGUGGAGCCCUUCAAGGUGUUCUUUUCCCUGAAGCAGCCAAAAUUAAUCCAGAGGCUUACAAAGCAUUACAAUCCGACCAAGAUGAUCUGGAAAUUCCUGGUGGUGGAGAGAGCUUUAAUCAACUAUACAAUCGUUCUACAUCGGCUUUGCAAAGGAUCGCAAAGAAACACAGAGGAGAUAGAGUGGUUGUAGUAUCACACGGUGCUGCCAUAGAAGCACUUCACAAAAGGGCUUCUCCAUCUGAAAACUGCCACGGUAAGGUAAGGAAUGCAUCCAUCAAUGUAUUUCACUUGUCCGAUGAGGACGAAUGGAGCAUCAAAUCGUGGGGCGACGUGAGUCACCUCAAACAGACAGAAUUUCUCGAGUCGGUUUUUGGUGGGGAUAGAAAGUCUGGAUAGUGUUGGAAAUAUUAAAUACUCAAUAACCCUCAUCUUUAACAAUUUAAAUUUUUAGAUUAAAUGGCUGACAUUUUUAGGCCGUCCUGCGACUUUACGUAAUUACCUAUGUUUCCUUGUAGUCGUUUCAAACUGAUCCUCCAAUAGUUUGCUUCACACUACUUUCUGCUUAAGGAAAAGUUCCCCAGAUCCACCGUUGGUUGCGUCUGUUGAGUGUUAGUGAUCUCACUUAGCAGCAUGUGAUAGUGAUGGCUUGAUUUGAAAAAGAUUGCCCGAAUCAAUUGUUGUCAUUCAAAGCAUGAGA